AUGAUCAUGGAAAAACUCUCUACUGACAAUAAAUCACAACUGCUGCAAGCGAAGGACAACAGUGGUAAUCUUCCAUUACAUUUAGUGGCUCAAAUAAAUACCGAAAACGAAUCUCAUAUUUGCAAAAUAUUAAUCGAAGAAAUGAAGCAAAUCGAACGUUCGUCAAAUACUGAUGGAAAGAUCUCACAAAUACUCGAAUUAUUAUCCAUUAAAAAUCGUCAAGGCAAAACAGUUGCUCAUGAGGCAAGUGAACGAGGACAAACUGGUAUUCUUGAACUCAUGUGGGAAGCUAUUUCGGAAAACGAUCAGACGGAUCGUACGAAAGGAUUGUUUAUGGCAGACGACAAUAACCGAUUUACCUGUUUACAUAUAGCAGCUAUGAGUGAAAAUGAUGAAAGAGUCGAAGUGCUUACAUAUUUGAUUGAAAAGGUGGGUAUUGAAGUUAAUGCCAUUGGUGGCCGCCGACUCACUCCACUCCAUAUUGCUUGUGAAUAUGGACAUCUUGAUGUAGUCAAGUACCUGGUCAAGAAAGGUGCCUCACCUACAUUACGCAACGCACAAUUAUUCAAUUGUUUAGAAAUUUCUAUUCAAAAGCAGCACGAAGAAAUAGUCAAGUAUCUUUUACAGCGUCCCAACUGGCGAGAAAUGAUGCGUAAUGCACAACCUAUCGAGGCAACAGACGCUUAUGAUACACCAAUGAGAAAACUGAUUCGAUACAUGCCUGAUGUAGCUCUUUGGAUGAUAGACAAAAAACUAACACGGAAAGUUGGCGGUGAAGGUCAAAAAGUAUCCAAAGAGAUCUACGAUUAUGAAUUUCAUGAAGAUAUGUAUACAGUCAAACCGUGGUAUAAACAAGGUGCAAAGUUACCUUCAGAAGAUCUUUCAUGCAAAGUUCGAUGGCAUAAACUCGGCUUUAACGCCAUUUAUGAUUGUUCCUGCAGUACCAGUUGCUAUAAUACAACUGUUCAUGACGAAAAUGAUAGCGAUAAUGAACUGUAUACACGUGAUGCUUAUACGCUGGUUCGAAAUCAUCCUCUACUAAUAGUUUCUCAACAAUCGACCUAUCCGAAAUUAAUGGCACAUCAGUUUCAUAAAUCAUUACUUAGAAAGAUUUUUCGACGAUUUGGCACAUAUUGGUUGGCCUUACCAUUCUUCUUUUAUCUUAUUCUGCUCGGUUUGUGGACUGCGAUGGUUCUUAGUGGGAAACAUCCUCAAUAUUUCUAUGACUUAGCUGAUUUCAAUAUGACGUUAGAUAUUGGUACAUGUGAAAAGGUUGCUAACAGUCUCGUCUUGCAGAACGUCACCGAAGUAUUAAAGACCGAUACAUAUCGACGACUUAGCGUGGCUCUUUAUAUUUUUUUCUCGGUGUUCAUUUUCAAGAAUUUUAUUCUAAUUAUAGCUCUCUUUCCAAAAGUUUUCCGCAUUGGGGCUUACUAUUUCGAAGCCAUUGCUCUUAUUCUUUCCUUCGUCUAUAUACUAGACUGGUACGACUGGCAAAGUUCAGUAGCUUUUCGGUGUCCUGUUCAAUACCAAAUUGGAGCUAUGGGUCUACUUCUCUCUUGGAUGAAUCUUCUCGCUUAUGUUCGCUGUAUUCCUUGGUUAGGUGUUGGUCUCUAUGUAGCUAUGCUUCAAGUCAUCUGUGUCAAGUUUCUUCGCUUUCUACCUGUAUUGUUAAUUAUUAUCUGCGGAUUUGGUUUUACAUAUUGGAUGCUAUUACAAAAUCAGCUUGUGUAUGCCACACCUGCUGAAGCUCUUCUACGCACAAGUUUAAUGAUGUUCGAUCUUGGUUAUGAGAGUCGACUUUACAGCGCACCUGACCAAGUAGCAUAUUACAAGCUUGUCUAUGUCAUUAUGAUUUUGACAGCCAUUGUUUUCUGCAUUUUUAUUAUUAAUCUCCUGAUUGGUCUCGCUGUUGGUGAAAUUCCAACUUUAAUGGUUGAAGGUACUCUUUGGCGUAAUCAGAUGCUCUACAGUUUUGUGUCAGAUGGUGAAAUCUUACGUUUACAGUUUCGUCGAUUCAUGAAAUUUGUAUGUUGUAAAUGUGGAAAUCGAAGAUCAUGUAUGCCUUCUCGACCUGUUGCCUUGUUAACAUCCGAUCAAAGAGCGCAUGGUUACUGUCAAAGAGCAUGGUAUUACACGAAGAAGCAUUUCUUCGAAGAAAAAAUCCAGGACGAUAUCAGACGCAAAAUAUUAUCAGAUGACGUGCCUGAUAAUACUGCGAAUGAAUAG